AUGCAAUCUUCAAUUUCUCUCUCCCUCUCUUCUCCAUCUACGAUCUGCAGAUCGGACUCCUCCUCCCCCGCCGCUGCUUCCAAUGGAAAUGUCAAUUUGCUGAAUCCCCGAUCACUUCGAUUCUGCGGUCUGAGAAGGGAAGCUUUUGGAUUGAAUUCUUCUAUUUCUAUGAGGCGUAUCGAGUCAUCUAGUGUGACCAGGCGUCCUUGUUCUAACAGAAUCCUGGCUUCUUUGUCUGGAAAUGGAGCUCCUUCUAAGGAAUUUGAUUAUGAUCUGGUUAUUAUUGGAGCUGGCGUUGGUGGUCAUGGUGCUGCUCUUCAUGCUGUUGAGAAGGGCUUGAAAACUGCUAUCAUUGAAGGGGACGUAGUUGGAGGGACAUGUGUAAAUAGGGGUUGCGUUCCUUCCAAAGCCCUUCUAGCUGUGAGUGGUCGCAUGCGGGAGCUUCAGAAUGAGCACCAUAUGAAAUCUUUUGGUUUACAGGUUGCUGCCGCGGGAUAUGACAGACAGGCUGUUGCUGAUCAUGCAAAUAAUUUGGCCUCCAAGAUCCGUAGUAAUUUGACUAAUUCAAUGAAAUCCCUUGGUGUGGAUAUAUUGACGGGUUUUGGGUCAAUUCUGGGUCCACAAAAAGUCAAAUAUGGAGAUACUGUGAUAACAGCAAAAGAUAUUAUAAUUGCUACUGGUUCAGUACCCAUGGUGCCCAAAGGCAUUGAGGUUGAUGGUAAGACAGUGAUAACAAGUGAUCAUGCGCUCAAAUUGGAAUUUAUACCUCAAUGGAUUGCUAUUGUCGGAAGUGGUUACAUUGGACUAGAAUUCAGUGAUGUGUAUACGGCACUUGGAAGUGAGGUUACCUUCGUUGAGGCUUUAGAUCAGCUCAUGCCUGGCUUUGACCCUGAGAUUGGGAAAUUGGCACAGCGAGUGCUCAUAAAUCCUCGAAAGAUUGAUUAUCAUACAGGUGUAUUUGCAAGCAAGAUAACUCCAGCAAAGGAUGGAAAACCAGUGACUAUUGAGCUUAUUGAUGCAAAAACUAAGGAACUGAAGGAUACACUGGAAGUAGAUGCUGCUCUAAUUGCAACCGGAAGGGCUCCAUUCACACAGGGACUUGGCCUGGAAAAUAUAAAUGUUCAAACACAACGUGGAUUUGUUCCUGUUGAUAGCCGCAUGCGUGUCAUUGAUGCCAGCGGAGAGUUGGUUCCUCACUUGUAUUGCAUUGGUGAUGCAAAUGGAAAAAUGAUGCUUGCACAUGCUGCAAGUGCACAAGGAAUUUCUGUUGUAGAGCAAGUCACUGGAAAGGACCAUGUCCUGAAUCAUUUAAGUAUUCCAGCUGCAUGCUUUACCCAUCCCGAAAUCAGUAUGGUCGGAUUAACAGAGCCUCAAGCCAGAGAAAAAGCUGAAAAGGAGGGCUUUGAGAUUGGUGUAGCCAAGACUAGUUUCAAGGCUAACACAAAAGCUCUUGCUGAAAAUGAAGGGGAGGGAAUUGCAAAGUUGAUAUAUAGACCCGACAAUGGGGAGAUCCUAGGUGUUCACAUUUUUGGAAUGCAUGCUGCUGACCUCAUUCAUGAAGCAUCCAACGCCAUAGCUAUGGGAACACGCAUACAGGACAUAAAGUAUGCUGUUCAUGCACAUCCAACCUUGUCUGAAGUGAUUGAUGAACUCUUUAAGGCAGCAAAGGUUAAAGCUAACACUUCUAGUCCAGCUGCUGAGCCAGUUGCUGCUUAA